AUGGAGCAGAAAGAUCAACUGGACCAAGAAACAAUCAGCUGUUCCAUCUGUCUGGAUCUACUGAAUGAUCCGGUGACUAUUCCUUGUGGACACAGCUACUGUAUGAGCUGUAUUAAAGGAUUCUGGGAUGGAGAGGAUCAGAGGAAGAUAUACAGCUGCCCUCAGUGCAGAGAGGCCUUCACACCGAGGCCUGUCCUGAAGAAAAGCACCAUGUUUGCAGCUUUAGUGGAGCAGCUGAAGAAGACUAUACUCCAAGCUGCUCCUGCUGAUCACUGCUAUGCUGGACCUGAAGAUGUGGCCUGUGAUGUCUGCACUGGGAGGAAGCUGAAAGCCUUCAAGUCCUGUCUGACGUGUCUGAUGUCUUACUGUGAGAAUCACCUCCAGUCUCACUUUGAAUCAAACAAAUUAAAGAAACAUAAGCUGGUGGAGCCCUCGAAGAAGCUCCAGGAGAACAUCUGCUCUCGUCAUGAUGAGGUGAUGAAGAUAUUCUGCCGUACAGAUAAGAAGUGUAUCUGUUAUCUGUGCACUAUGGACGAUCAUAAAGGCCACGACACAGUCCCAGCUGCAGCAGAAAGGACUGAUAGGCAGAGAGAGCUCGAGGUGAGUCGACUAAACAUCCAGCAGAGAAUCCAGGACAGAGAGAAAGAUGUGAUGCUGCUUCAACAGGAGGUGGAGGCCGUCAGUCUCUCUGCUGAUAAAGCAGUGGAGGACAGUGAGAAGAUAUUCACUCAGCUGAUCCGUUUCCUCCAGAAAAGAAGCUCUGAUGUGAAUCAGCAGAUCAGAUCCCAGCAGGAAACUGAAGUGAGUCGAGUCAAAGAGCUUCAGGAGAAGCUGCAGCAGGAGAUCACUGAGCUGAAGAGGAAAGACGCUGAACUGAAGCAGCUCUCACACACAGAGGAUCACAACCAGUUUCUACACAACUACCCCUCAGUGUCACAACUCAGUGAACCUACAGACUCAUCCAGCAUCAAUAUCCGUCCUCUGAGAUACUUUGAGGAUGUGACAGCAGCUGUGUCAAAGCUCAGAGAUAAACUACAGGACAUCCUGAGGGACAAAUGGACAAACAUCUCACUGACAGGGACUGAAGUGGACGUUUUACUGUCAGAACCAGAACCAAAGACCAGAGCUGAGUUCUUAAAAUAUUCAUGUGAAAUCACUCUGGAUCCAAACACAGCACACGAAUGGCUGUUAUUAUCUGAGGGGAACAGAAAAGUAGAGUGCAUGUUUCCACAACAGUCUUAUUCUAGUCACACAGACAGAUUCACUGAUAAGUGGCAGGUCCUGAGUAGAGAGAGUCUGACUGGACGUUGUUACUGGGAGGUGGAGUGGAGUGAUGCAGUACUUUUUGUAGCAGUCACAUACAACAAUAUCAGCAGAGCAGGAAAUGAUUCUGUAUUUGGACGUCCUCUUGCCUCCAGAGUCGGAGUGUACCUGGAUCACAGAGCAGGUAUUCUGUCCUUCUACAGCGUCUCUGAAACCAUGACUCUCCUCCACAGAGUCCAGACCACAUUCACUCAGCCUCUCUAUGCUGGACUUUAUGUUUACAAUUUAUUAGGCACAGCUGAGUUGUGUAAAGUGAAAUAGUCAGAAGUCAUUUCAGACUUCAUGUGUCAGAUGUUGUAAUUCUUCAUGUUUUUGUCUCCAUGUUUCUGAGCUGCUCAGAGAUCAGCUGACAUGCUAAUAGGGAUAUUCAAUCACUUUUUUCAAAACCUUAUGUAUGUUUCAUUUAUAUUAUCAGUUUCUUUAAAUGUGACUUUUUCCUGUGUGUUUUUAUCCAUGGAGGCUCUCACUGCUC